AACCUUUGUGGAAGUAGCUGAUGGCAUAUGUUUUGAUUGACAAGCAAUGCAAAUAGGAACACCAAUUAGUUGUUUGUUUGUUAGUCUGAGAUAACUGUGGGUUUUGUGUGUACAUGACACACAGGAACACCUCAACUGGAAUAAUGAAGACUGCCAUAGAGAAGGAUUGAACCAGCAACUGGGAGAGAAGCUCUGUAACUGAAGAACCUUGUUUAAAGAACCUAUUUUGACUUCCAUUUUUCUCGAAAUAUCAUGAUAUAGGCUCAUGAGUCAGACCUGAGAAACUACAUCAAUGAUAGCUUUUUCAAGAUGGGUGUCUGUGGUAUUCCAACUGUGAAACCUAAACAAGGAAAGCUUAUUUACAUUGGAUUUAUUUUAUUUGGUGUUUUGAUGUCAGCACUUACAUUUUUACCAGCCUUCAGAAGAUUCUUUGUGGUAAAUUCUUUGUACUGUAACAGAAAUACAAGUGAAGGGAAAUGCGAUACUUUGGUAGGGCACAUUUUGCUGUACCGGUUUUUCAUUGGAAUGAUGGUGUUCUUUUUGCUCUUGGCAAUAAUCAACUGCCAGCUGACUGUGUUCACGACAUUCAGCAAUUGGCUUGAGAAUGGUCUCUGGUUCAUCAAGUUUCAUCUGUUUUGUUUCUGUGUUCUCUUAUCACUUCUCAUUCCCGAAGGACACCUCAGCAAUGCGAUAAUGCAUGUUGGUUGGAUUGGAAGUUUCAUUGUUAUGAUUAUUCAGGCCAUUUUGAUCAUUGAUCUAGCAAAAGCUCUCAAUGCUUAUUGGGUGGAAAGAAUGGAAGUCUCCUUGCGACCAAAAUUGUGGUAUUUUUCAAUGUUACUCUUCACGUCUCUGUUAUACACUUUUUCUUUAGCAUUUAUUGUGUAUUUUUAUGCCACUUAUACCACUUCAAAAGAUUGUAGAACAAACCUAAUAUUUGUCACAACUGUUGUUUUGCUUUGUACUUUUGCAUCACUCUUGUCAAUUCAUCCCAAAGUGCGAGAAACUGGACUCCUUCAAGCUGGCAUUGUUACGACAUAUUCUGUAUAUUUUGGAUGGACCUGCUUGCAGCAUUAUCCCUAUUCUGCCUGCAAUCCUAGCUGGAAUUUUUUAAUCCUUACAGAAUUUAAUUUCCAUAUUCAACUGAGCAUGAUCUUUGACGCUUUUGUGACAUUUUCACUGCUGGUAUACAGCGUACUUCAAGAAGCUUCAGUGCAGCAUCUUCUAACUAACACCAAUCUUAUUGUAGACUGUUGGAAUUUCCAGUCCCAAGUUGAGAACCACCCUUCAACUGUCCAGGAGAGUGAGGAAAAGCUACUGGUCACCUCAACAUAUCUCUUGUUUUACCUUUUUCUUAUUUUGAUUUGCCUACACCUCUUAAUGGUUAUAAGCAACUAUUACACCCCUGAAGGUAUAGUUGGCACUGAAGACGAAGUGCUGGAGUCAGAAUACGACAAACUUGUGGACAUGGAUAAAUAUGUGAAGUCGUUAAGCCAGUGGGUUGCCUCUUGUCUUAAAAUGAUUGUGUGUGUUGCUUUUCUUCUCCUGUAUAUGUGGACUAUUCUAUCGCCUGUUGUUUUACCAGCAAACAAGUAACUCCAGCCCACAAUUUUACUACAUUUUACUAAAAGCAGCCAAAAGAUCUUCCAGACCUUACUAGUUGUACUGCACCAUUGAACAGUGAUGAAGGAGAUCCCUUCUCCCCGGGGUUAUUUGGUAAGAGAAAAU